GGGAGUCUAGCUAGCCUCAUUAUCCUAUCCGAUAAUGCUGAUUGGUGGGAGAAGUUGAAGAUAAACAUUCUCCUUACGCGGAGAGGCGUGACAUUGUCGCUGAUUGCGCAGAUUCUAGUCGCAGUCCUAUCUUGGAUAUUAACGGCCAUUUUGGCUAUCAUAUCCUCGUUAGGUGAUGCAUCUGGAGCUUGCCGGCUUCUACAACAAUUGCUGGUGUGACAGCACAUACUUAAGUAAGGGUGCCGCAGGUUGGAUCCUCCUCUUCGUUGUUUCGAAUCAUACGACGCAAGCAACAACAGCGCCCUGGGUUGGUAGCGUGUUCCUCAGCGCCUUCGUCGGUGCAAGUAGUUGUGGCCUGUUCUGGCUCUACUGUCGAGGCAAUCGGGCUUGAUAUGGUAAACAUAGCCCGUUGCCUAUCUUGGCGUUGCAGAUAUUAUAAGAAAUAAAAUGUGUAAUUAUUCAUAUCUCAUUCCUGCGAUCUGGU